GCGACAACGAAGUUGCGUCUUGACUGAUUUUGUUGAAUGGGUUUAGCGCGACAGACAAGACGAGAGCGUUACCAACAUCCGCUUGCAGUGACAACAAUCCGCAGACGAAGACAAUCAGCUGACUCUCGAAGCAGACGAUCUGAGAAUAUAGCAAGAAGCAGACGAUCACAAUUGUGGAAUAAAAUUCAUAGGUAGAUGCUAUUGUAAAUAAAAUAUUUUCGCUACAGUUUUUCACAGAUUCUGCUAAAGGACCAGCAGGGAUCUGAGUCUGUAUCAAACGACGGACCUCGAUAUUUUUCGUGUUCAAAUUUGACAAUGCCCGGACGGAAUUAUUCAGUGGUGGUCCUUGGGGCCGGCGGAGUUGGAAAGACUUCCAUGGUCGUGCAGUUUAUUCAUGGAUUUUUUCCGAUUGACUACAACCCAACAAUUGAAGACUGUUACAGACAUGUGGUUCAGUUGCCAGAUGGCAUUUUCCACACGGUUGAAAUCCUUGAUACUGCUGGUACCCAUCAGUUCCCUGCAAUGAGGGAUCUAAGCAUACGAUCUGGGCAGGCGUUCGUCAUCGUCUAUUCGAUAAACAGUGAAGAGUCUUUCCACGAAGCUAUGAAAAUUUGCAACCUCAUCAGUAAAAUGAAAGACGGAGAAACCGUACCCAUGGUGCUUGUUGGAAACAAGGCGGAUCUGGUCAACCAGCGAAAGGUUGCCAAAGAUUACGCGGGGAAAUACGCCAGCGAAGUGCUCAGUUGUGCUCACGUGGAAACAAGUGCCAAGUUUAACAUUAAUGUCGGUACGCUCUUCACGGAACUUUUGACCAAGGCUUUAAACAUUGUGGAGAAAAAGGAUUCGAGCGAGAAGAGCAAGUUCCGGCGGUCGUUCAAAGGACUGAACAACAGUUUAAAGAUUCCGCGGCGGUUCAGUAUGAAGAGGCAUUCCGCAGACGGCGGGACCCGGACGGAGCCCGUACAGAAACCCCCAAGCGGAAAAUGCGUCGCUUUGUAGAUUUUGUGCCGUGAUAGUGAAAAACUCUUCGGACUGGCUAGUGUUGUCGAACUGGUCCAGUUUUGUAGUUACGACAAAUAUUGUGAUAUGCUUUUGUAUGCAUUCUUCAGUCGAUGCAUUGUACAAAUGUACAUAGUAUAUAUAGGGGGCUACAUGGAUUUGGUUGACCCUAAGCGAGAGGAACGGAACCUUGGCGGCAUUGAUUAUCAAUUAUCAAUUGAAUUGAAAGCUAUCCAUCACUUUUUCGCAUUCUUCUCUCCGCAUGGUCCAAGGCUGGAAAGCAAUCAUAAACCCCCUCUCUGAUUGAUUGAUUGAUUGGUAGUCACGGGAGAUGAACGUUGGAGAUUAUCGAUUGGAGUGACCAGAAUGACGAAAUGAGAUUGUGACAAUGGGAUUUCCUUCAACCAUUUAUUGUAUGAUUUAGGAGGGCUUGUCUUUAGCCGGAUACUUAAUGGGGUGGGAAUCAUGUUCAUCUUGUACGAGUCAUGCGUACUUUGACCAUCCCUUUGGACUGACCAACGCUGUCAUUUUAUAGGGUUCACCACGGACAUCUGAAGGGGCAAAUAAAUUUGUGAUGGACCAUUGACUCAUGGCGCUCCGAUGUGGUCACGAAGGUAUGUAAGAUACGCUACUUGCCUUAUGAAAAGAAAAUAUUAUAUAUUUGUAAAUACGCUGGGAUGAGGUUUACUGCAUGGUCGAGUGAUGUAAUGAAAUGAUUUCAGUGACUUAGAUAUUGUUAGUUACAGUACAAUACGACAAACAACAAUUUCGUGCGUGAGACAAUUCUUUGGUGUUUAUCUUUGGGUUCCCACUGCGUACCGUCGAACCGUCGUCCAUAGCCAUAAGACCAGCUUUCCACAGCGAUCGAGGUAUUUUUAUGGUAUCGGCGAUUUCGUUGGUCUCGUCGACCAGGCCGGUUUUUGAGUUCCUAUAUUAUUAUGGUAAACUCAAAAAUAGGAAAACGCCAAUAUUAUACCCUUAAAAGAUUGGCUGGAGAGGAGCGUCGCUCUUACGACGUUUUCGGAAAACCUACUGAUGUGUCUGAGAAGAUAGGCUAAGUUAAGUAUACUGUGUUUUCUGGUCGUUUGUGGAAUGUGGUCGUUUCGUGUGGUGUUUAGUUAAUGAUUAAGUUGACAUUUUUGAAUGGUACAUGUUAAAGUAACCGUUAUGAGUGUGGUGCCCAGUCAUUGACACUGGGUCAUUUUUCGGACAUGUAUUAGUUUAUAGCUUGAAGAAACCAUGAAGGAACAAUCAUGGACUGAGGUAUUGGUUGAAAUUCGGUUUGGGGAUUUAAUUCCGGUACUAUGCAGAUACCAGUUAGGUACAUGUUUUUAACCAGUCCUUCAAAGAUUUAUAAUAUCCAGUCUUACUAAUUUGAUUCGCUGCAGAGCCCCUGGUUCAGCCAAGGGCAAUUUUAAACUAAACUUUAAAUUGAUCGUUUUUAGUCAAAUGCAAUGUAUAGUUGCAGAAUUGAAUUGAAAAACUGGAAGAAAACGUGAACCGAUGCGACACCCUCACCUUUGAACAAUGUUCCCUUUCACCCGAAGAUUCACUAUCAAAUGUACACGUACGUCUAUGACAAUACUGGAAACGCUUUUAGUUUGGCUAAAAAUUGAUAAAAACCCUGUUAAUCUGCCGGAAUGUUGUGGAUAAAUUGUUUAUCAGUCUGGUUGUCAUGGCCAUUGCCUAUGGACGAAAGGCUAUUGUCAUAACGCCUUGGCGGAAAUAAAGCCCGGUAUAUGAGUCCCAUCCAGGGGUUUAAAGGUAAAUCGAGAAUGAAAAAAGCACAACUUUAAUGGUCUUCCUGUAAUAUAUACAUUGAUAUACAAUAAUUAUAGAUGGUUUGAUAUACAAUAUCAUAUACAGUGACUACUAUCGUAAUCCUAUUGUAGAUUAUUGUGUUUAAGUUGCGGAUAUCUCCAUAUCAUUUUGUCAAUGCGUGUAUUUCCAUCAACUUUUAAUCACCAUUGGUGUAGAGUCAUGUUCCUUUGGCGGUGUUUUUGCCCGUUUACCAUACCCAUGCUUUAUGGCUUAAUCUUUUUAGAGCGUUACCCGCUGCGUAUCCGCCGCUGAGCCAAAACUACCUCUGGCCCCAAGCGAUUACUUUAUAUUGUACAUAUAAAUCAAAUAACCCGCCAGAAGCGGAGACAUCAUCAAAAGACACAAACCGCACCAGCGCGUAAUUAUUUGCCGCUGAUGGGGCCAAAAGUAGAUUUCCAUGACACUUGGCCUUGGUGGGAAACGCACUAUGGUGGAAUCAUGCCUCAUGCAUGUGUCAUCACCGUACAAUUCAUCAAUGAUACGGGCAAAGGAUACGAAAACUUUGGUUGCAGGCUGACAGAAUACCAGCGUCUAAAUUAGGCCUAAUAAUAUGUACUAGUAUGUGUAAUACGUUAAUUUGUAAAUUCUAAGGACUUUUAGAGGUAGCUGUUUUCUCCACAAAGCUAUCAUAAAUUUCAAAACAGAACUAGUACUGGGCGAUUGUAAAUACAAAUGUACAUUCGUUGUAUAUAUUGAUUUGUUUCCAGUAAAUUUGCUUAUGAAAUUUGUGUUUUGUACACACGUGAAAAUAUCAAUAAAGAUAAA